GCUCAGACGCUCUUCCACCGCAUUUGCCUUCAUUUUUUACUUGAUGUCCUUGAGAGGAGAGGACCAGCAGACAUGGAAAGAAGGAUCUUGUUGCUUCCUAUCCUGAUUAUCUUGGGUGUGGCAAAAUCGGACGACGUCCUGACAGAUUUAGAAAAUAUUGCCGGGAAGCUGGUUUUCUAUCAAAUGGACGGCAACGCCACCUAUGUGAGAAACACGGGAGAGCUGGCAUCCGACGUUCCCACAGAGACCAUGUUUGAACUUUCGGACCCGCAGCAGAACUUUAGCACGGCAAAGUUCAGCUACACCUGGGAUUUAGGAAAUGGAAAGGUGAUCCAAGGGAAUGAGCCUGUUGUCAGAUACCACUAUGCCUCGUCUGGAAACUACACGCUCCGGCUUAAAAUAGGAGUCAAUCUGACCAAAUACACUCCUCCUAUAACCGGGGUCUACACCAAGGACAUUCAAGUGCUUGAUGCAAUCAAAAGCAUUGAACUAAAGGGGCCUUCUGAUUAUGAGGUCUCUCAAACCGCCGGUCUGGCUUUCCAUGUGGAUGGAAGUCCUCCCAUGUGGGUUUGUUGGCGUUUCCUUCCCAACUGCGUGCCCGACACGACGGGGGUCUGCACUCUGACGAUGCUGUACGAGAACAUCCUGUGGCUCAAUCACACCUUUACCUCGGCCGGCUUUCACUGCCUGGACAUCAGCGUCCGCAAUGACAUCAGCGAGCUGCAGACCUCCUUCAGCCUCUUUGUCAGGAAAACCAACAACACCAACAUGCUCUUCAUCCUGUCCUGCGCUGCUGUUCUUGUGGCAACAUUCUCCUUCAUCACCGUCAUCGCCUGCCACCCUCGAAACCACAGAUCUCAGAUUGCAGCUUCCAGCAAUGCUUUGUUCCUGAAGAGUCAAGAGCCUGACAGCCACAGCAGAAUCGUAUUCAACGUGACCAGUGUUGACAAAGCGGAGAAAGAACCGCUUGUGUUACAGUAUGGAACACACUACUACUCCUAACCUUUAUGAUUUAUGAGCUCUUCUGGGGGGUUACAGGAGUUUUUGUGAUACGUGUACAUAGUUGAAUUCACUCAUGUAGUGGUAAUAGUGCACACAUUCAUGUAUGUAUAAAUGUACUCCAUGCUGUUUGAAUGUGACAUUCAGUUAUAUGUUAAGUAAGCUGGCAGGUCAUGCACAUUCUGUAUUUUUCAUGUGUGGCCACAAUCCAGUUGUGCCCCCCAGUGUUUGCCUCAUUUAUUAUUAACUUUAUUAAAGGUCAUAUCAUAAUACCCACUGUUAGUUAGAGCACAGUGAAGAUUGAU